AUGCCCAAUUUGUCAUCGCCUUCAGCACUGCAGUUCUCACUGCCUCAGACGACGACGGAUCCUGAGCUUGCCGCCUCACCACAUAACAAGCCACCGCCAGCUUCAAACGAAACCGAAGCGAAUAGACUUAUAUCAGAACUCACAGCACCAAUAUUGACCGAAACCUUCAUAUCUCCUAAUUCCUCAGAUGAAGGGCCAAGUAAGAGGAGCGUCUCAGCAACAAAUGAUUAUGUUAACCAGGAUUCCGAUGCCUGGCGUGCAGAGGACUAUUGUCAUGUGCCUCGCUUGAAGGAAGACGUGUACCAAGAAAUGACAAAGCAUUUUGCGCGUUACAACCGAGAUAACGAGUACUGGUCUUCUUUCACAUCCAGCGCUUUUCCACCAAGUACCUAUAUCAACACCUUUAUCCAGGUGUAUUUUGAAGAGUUUCAUUCACUUCUCCCGUUCCUCCAUAAAGCAUCUUUCGCUCCAAAAAAAGAUCAAUGGAUUCUGUCUCUUAGCGUAGCUGCAAUUGGGUGUAUAUUCUCUCGGGCAGCAACUACGAGAAUAGCAUCCUUCACCCUGCUCGAGUUCCUACGAAGAGCCAUACAUGUACAGUCUGAAAGGCUCCGAACUUCUCAGCCUGAAAUUUCCUUCGUACAGGCUGUCCUUCUCAGUCACCUUGGUAUGAUGUUUGCGCCGGAGACAACACUUACUGAGGCUGUGCCUACUACGAGGGCACUACUCGAGACUCUGUGUCGAAAGAUGGCCUGCCAAACCAACUUUGACGCUUUUGGACGACUUCUUGGGACUGAAAAGUCGGGGCAAGAGAAUUGGGUCGAGUGGAUCAAGAAGGAGAGUCUACAGCGCCUAUUCUAUUCAGUCUGGAUUCUCGAUUGCCAAUACAGCUGCUUCUGGUCAGGCCCAGGGAUAGUCACCAUAGACUGCCUACAAUUACCCGCUCCCUUUCAUCAGACACUCUGGGAAGCCUCGUGCGAGGAAGCAUGGAAGAAACAUCGAAACAUGCCAAUCUUCAAGCCCGUGCCUUUCCAAACAGUGCUUUUUGAAUUUUACCGCACUCAAAAGAUUGACAAUUUGGAUCCCUUUAAUACACUACUGCUCAGUAUUGGGAUUAAAUACCACGCCGAAAAGCUUGACCGUGUAACCAUCUACCUUAACAUCCUCCAAGACCAUGCCAAAACGCUGCCACCUUCAAGGCUCUCUGGAGCUGUCGAGAGUCUGUCCUACUUACUAUCGAUGUUUAUAUAUUUACCAGUUCAACAGCUUUAUGCAUUCUCCGGUUGGCGUGCAGACAUGACCCAAAGGGCUAUUGUAAACUCCAAAUUACGUACCUGGAUCCGAAGCAAAAGCGAGGCGCGGACAGCCCUUAAGAAUGCUUGUAAAGCGUGGUCAAUAAUUCGAAAAGGAAAGACAGGGGCGCAGCAUGAGACGAUGGGAUUCUUGGUGGCAACGCUGCUCAUUUGGGCCUGGGUUGAGCUAGGAAGCAGGCCAGAAGUGAAUGAUAUGGAUUUGUUAUUGACAGUUCGAUUGGAUGAAGGAAACGAUAGUACGAAAGAAUGGAUCAAUAAUAACGAAGACAGACGCCUGUAUCUUGGUGGUGUAGGGUGUCUCUGGGAUGAGGGAGCAGGGCGGAGGCUGAUUCAUGAGUCUGCAAACACUCUCCAUGGUUUCAACUGGCCAGCGGCUCAAGUAGUAGCGUCGAUCUUACGAGAGCACUACAAGUCUUUCCAUCAGGGAGUUACUAUUAGCCCUACUUACUAA